AUGGUUAAAAGAGCUUUUAGAAGUUUUGGAAGAAAUUACGAGCUUUCUGGAGAAGAAAAAUUUUAUUUCUUCACUUCAAGAACACGCAAGUAUCCAAAUGGGAGCCGUCCAGCUUGCACUGCUGGUGGUGGAUAUUGGAAAGCCAAAGGGUCUGAAAAGAAAAUCUACAAUGAUGAUGAGCUAGUGGGAGUGAAAAAAACUUUGGUAUACUAUAGAGGAAAGGCUAAAAAAAAUGGUGUAAAGACUGACUGGACAAUGCAAGAGUAUAUAAGUGAGAUCACAACUUGCAAGUCUGGUGAUUCAAUGAAGCUUGAUGAUUGGGUCUUAUGCUGCAUUCAUAAGAAAAGAGGUGCUGUAGAUAAUCCUCAUAAGCUACAAAAAAUUUCUCAAGCUCAAUCAGACAUGCCAACUGAACAAUAUAUAAAUAAUAAUCAAAGCUAUCAGACUUUUAUUGACUCAAAUGGUAGCUAUGGUAAUGUCAUUAUGGCACAACUAUUAGUAGCAGCACCAGAUAUGCAAAUUACUGAAUUUAAUGGUAGUAUGGUCCCACCAUUAGCAGUAGAACCAAGUGUGCAAAUUACACCAAGCAUACAAUCGACUGAACUUAAGGAUAUGGUCGCAUCAUCAGCAAUAGCAUCAAGAGAAGCCUAUGCUGAGCUAAUGGAUAAUCAUGGUUACAUGGUACAAAAACCAGCAAUAUCUCCAACUGAGUCAAUGACUAAUUUUAAUUAUAUGGCACCACGAUUUGUAGCAGCACCAAUCGAACAAAUGAUUGACUUCAAUGAUAUGAUACAGCUCUCUGAAAUUGCUAAUUUCAAUACUAUGAGACUACCAUCACCAUAUGCACCAAUGAUUGAAUAUAAUGGGAUCAUGAGCAUUCGCAAUAAUCAUUCAACUGAGCAAGGUUUCCAGCAGAACUUGAGCGAUGCAACAACAUCUGGCAGAGAUCAUGUGGAUCAGUUUGAAAUGGCAUAUGGUGAAAGAGAUAGUCAUAGAUCCAAUGAAACUACUUUGUUAUCAGCCAGCAAUUGA